GCCCUGCAGGAACUUUACCUGACCCAGAUCCCACUAUUCGAUGUGUUAGCGCUGAAGCUUGUCACAAAGAUUCAGAUUGUCCAGGAAAUGCAAUUUGCGAUGAUAGACAAAGAUGUUUAUGUCCAGAACCAAAUGUUGGUCAAGAUUGCAGGCAUCCAUGCGAAGGUAAAAGUUGUGGACCAAACGCUCACUGCAUGUUGAGUUCUGGGCAAGCUGUAUGUUUAUGCAGUCCUGGUUACACUGGAGCACCAGACACGAGUGGAUGUACAGAUAUCGACGAAUGCGCAGGCCGACCAUGCCCAGCUGGUGCUAUAUGCCUCAACGAACCGGGGCGUUUCUCUUGCCAAUGUCCAAGUAAUAGCAAAGGAGAUCCAUAUCGUGGAGGUUGCGCCAAAGUUAUUCCAUCUUCUGGUUGUGGAGAUGGUCAGCCAUGUCCUGAUGGAGAGCAAUGCUUAAUAGAUACAUAUACCGGUAAUAGCAUGUGUGUAUGCAGACAAGGUUAUGCAAGAGAUCGAGAAAAUGGAAUUUGCCGAGAUGUUAACGAAUGUACGCAACCUAGAGACAAACCUGCAUGUGGAUUAAAUGCUAUUUGUAAAAAUUUACCAGGAAGUUAUGAGUGCCAAUGUCCAAAUGGAUUUAAUGGAAAUCCUUAUUCAAGUUGCGAUG